GGUGUAUCCAAAGCGUACGGUUAUUGGUCCUCUCUCCUCGCCUCCGCGUGCCGGAGCGGCUCGCCAUUCCAGCGCUGCCUCCUCCUCCUCCUCCUCCUCAAAUGCCGUGGAUCUAGACUUCGUAGCACUCGUCAAUCUCAACCUCUGCGAUCUCGCCGCCGAUCCUGCUGUCGCGGGCGACCACCGCCUCCUCUUGCUGCUGUCGCUGUCUGUUUUUUUUUUUUUGAAUAUUCUCUUUAGAAGUUUUUUUUAGUGUUUUCCGGGAGAAAAGAAGGGAUCUUGUUGGGUUGUAGUUUCGGAAGCUAUUUUCUUUUGACGAUCUUCCGUCUUCUUGAGGGGGAUUCAAUGGAAUUCCUUAAAGCGAGAAGAUUUUCCCUUCCUCGCUUUGGUAAGCUCACGGGGAGAGAAGAUCCGGAUCACGAGUGUGAUCGGUCGUCGGAGUCAAAAGAAGAGACGUUGGACGCAAUGCCGAAGCCUACCUCUGCCGCUGGUCCUGCUUCGGACGGGGACGAGGGUGAGGACGACGAUGAUUUCAUCACGAAUGAGGUGAAGCGGCGGCUGGAGCAGCUGAGGAAGAACGGCUUCUUGGUUCUUAUACCGGAAGAAGAGUGCCCGGAGGAAGAGGAAGAAGAAGAAGAGGAGGAGAGUAGCUCGAGUGGGUGGAGGGAGUCGGACAUGGGUGAUGCUUAUCCAAACUAUGGGUUUGAUAAAAUGCACGAUGAGUACACUCAAAGGAUGCUGUUCUUCGACAAAUGCAUCGCCGAACAUCUCAAAGAAGCUGAAUCUUUGGGCAUGCCAAACCAGUCUCGAAGACCUACGUCAAAGGAAAUAGCUUUGGGCCUCCGCAACAUCUCCUUAAAGAGGCAAGAUGAACAUACAAAGGAAUGUGAGUACCUGCAGCAACUGGAUCAAGACGAUCCGUGCCAAAAUUUAGAAGCUGCCUAUGUUGCUCAAGUCUCUUUAAGUUGGGAAGCACUUCAUUGUCAGUACUUGCAACUCAACCAGAGGAUAUUGAUGCAGUCUGAGCAUUUUGGCUCCUAUGGCUAUGCAGCACAAGCAUUUCAGCAGUUCCAGGUAUUAUUGCAGAGAUUUGUUGAGAAUGAGCCUUUCGACCAAGGAUCCAGAGUGGAUAUUUAUGCCAACUCUCGGAGUCUGCAAUCUAAGUUUCUUCAAGUCCCAAAUUUCCUAGGUUUGGAAAAGAGAGAAAAUGUGGAUGAUUAUUUGGAUGAGCCAGUUCUGGCUACCGAACUCAUUAAGAUAAUUGGGGAUUCAAUCUUAACAUUCCUCCACUUUCUGAAUAUAGACAAGAAAAAAACUAGCAGUUUCUUUUGGGCUCAUAGCCCUCGAGGCUCCCUUCAACAAGUUCGAGCUUCACUUGAAAAGAAGGAGAUGAAAGUAAAGGAGCUGUUUAAAAGGAAGAGAGCAUGGAGGAAGAAAGCUUGGCCCUCAACCAAGGAAGAAGUGGAGUUGCUAUUCGCGCUAAUAGACAUCAAAGUCAUAUCAAGGGUUCUCAGGAUGGCGCAUCUCAGCAAGGAGCAGCUGUUAUGGUGCGAAGAAAAGAUGAGCAAGCUUGUUCUUUCAGACAAUAAAUUAUGCAGAGAUGUUUCUCCACUCCUCUUUCCAUGUUGACUGAUGAACAUUUAGAUUUUCUUUUCUUCUCUGGAUCUCUGUUGAGAGUAUGAACUAUCGCUACCUGACCUUUACUAUGUACAGGUAGACGAUGUCUACUACUGAAGUAGCAUCUCUCUCAAUUGUCGAUAUUGUAUGAGAUGCUCAUUCCUCUGCACUUGCUUACCAAGUUUAAGAGAUGGUAGGUACCACAUGCUAUUCUAAGUGGUUGAUUGGCAGCUCAAAUCUAGUUCAAAUGUUUUGAUAUAUAUGUUUGCACGCUGUUGUAACCUCAUUUGAUUUGAUUUACUUGUAGAGUACAUGGGAGAAAGAACUUUUAAUAUACAA